UGAUAGAGGCAGUCUUCGUCGUGCUGCCAUACGGUAUGGCUGCGGUUUGUCAAAGUUUUCUCUUUAUCCCGAUAUAAUUUCAAGUGAAUCGUUGAUAGUAAUGUUUUAUUCGUCCGGAAGUUCGAUAAAAAUUCACCGUCCUAUCAACUGCUGAUAAAUCAUGCUGUCUCAAAUCAAGGCCAACUCUAGUAAAAAAUUAGAAGGGAAACGACCUAAGGAACUGAUGUCAUCUUCUAGUCUUCCUGGCAUGUCACAAUUGUCAAACAGCAGCGAGGAGACGCUCGAACCCCUUGUACAUAAGCCGCACAAACCGGAAUCGUUGGAAAGCACAACGAAGGACGUAAGUUCGCAACGCAACGAAUGGCUGUUAAAUGGACCAAGUGGAAAUAAAACAUCUAUUUUGCGCUUCAAAUGUUCCGCGUUGGCGACCCCUCCGGAGGAAGCACCAGGAAAGAAACUGCACAUGACUUACAAAAUUUUUCAAACAGACACCAAACUUGUCAGUCUUUUGCUACAAUCACAUGGCUUGGCAGAGGUUUCCAUGAACGAGAGUGACUUCAACAUUCUAUGGAUGGGGAAUCAUCCGAAACCAGACAUUCUACGAAAUUUGAUGCCCCACCAGAAAGUGAACCAUUUUCCAAGGUCGUACGAGAUAACGCGAAAGGAUCGGCUUUACAAAAACAUCGCGGCUAUGCAGCGCUGCAAAGGGCUGAGGAACUUGGAUUUCAUACCCCAAACAUUUCUGCUGCCCAGCGAAUCGAGGGAAUUGCUAACGGCUCAUUUCAGGUAUCGCGGGCCCUGGAUUGUCAAACCCAAAGCCAGUUCCCGCGGACGUGGCAUUUAUAUCGUUAACAGUCCUGAAAAGAUUCUUACCGAGGAGUCUGUGAUCGUUGCGCAAUACAUAAACAAUCCCCUUCUGGUCGAUGGUCACAAAUGCGAUUUAAGACUGUACGUUGCUGUCACAAAUUACGAUCCCUUGUUGAUAUACCUGUACGAAGAGGGUUUGGUAAGAUUCGCUACAGUGAAGUACGACGGUGGCAACCAAUACAUCUGGAAUCCCUGCAUGCAUCUGUGCAAUUACAGUAUCAACAAAUUCCAUGUGGAUUAUAUAAAAAGCGAAGAUCCAGACGCAGAGGAUGUAGGACAUAAAUGGACAUUGUCAGCGUUGCUCAGACACCUACGCUCCAUGGGACGUGACACGGAACUGCUCAUGCAACGUAUAGAAGAUAUUAUAAUUAAAUCAAUUCUUGCGACCGCUUCUGGCAUUGUCAGCGGUAUCAAACAAUUCGUAAAACACCCAGAAACGUGCUUUGAAUUAUUUGGCUUCGACAUUCUGAUCGACGACACGUUAAAACCGUGGUUAUUGGAAGUUAAUUUAACCCCAUCGUUAGGGUGUGAUUCACCGCUCGACGUUAGGUUAAAAUCGGCGCUAAUAGCUGAUUUACUUACCCUCGUUGGUGUACCUGCGGUUGAUCCGAUGUUACGGCCUCAAACUAGCCACUUGAAUCGACCCACCGUUACUGCAACAAAAGGAAUAACCAAUUGUAGAAGAGUACACUCAGCUGAAACGUUGUCUCAGAGAAAGAAGAAUACUAGCAGAAGUAAUAUCAGUAAAACGGGAUUAACGCCUGAACAACAACGAAUAGUAGCGUCUGCGAAAGCUCAGUUCGAACGACGAGGAGGAUUCGUUCGUAUAUUUCCUAGUCCGAAAUCGUGGGAGAUGUAUUCACAGUAUUUAGAUCCAACAACGGGGAUACCAGUAGUCUCAGAUCCCUUAGGACCAGGCAGAGUUCCGCAACACAUUAAUACAAAUCAUAAUUUAAUGUUACACGAACAGCUAUUUCCUGCGGCUAGUCGUACCACUGGUUUCAUCAUUCCUGAAGUCACCUUGGACAGGUUGUCUAGGUAUGAAAGAUAUGAAAGAGCAUUAGUAAAAGGGCACAAACAAAGUUUAGACCGUGGUGACAGUAAAAAGAGUAUAGAUACAGAUAAGCAUAAGUACAAGAGUCAAGUUGUCCAAUCCAUGCACGAAGGAAAUAAACUUAGUCCUGGAGAAGCUAGAAAGGCCUUUGGUUUAUAUUUAGGACACAUAUUGCGUAAGAUAUCGCAGCCUAAUGCUGACCCAGCAUGUUGUGAUUUAGUGAUGAAAUUUCUUCAGCAGUCAGCUAAUAAUCUAAGAACACCGUUUUUCUUUGCGUUACCGAGCAGUAAGUUAAGCGAUAAAGACCGAGCUGCUAUUACUGCUAAACAACUCUCAGACUUCUUACACUUAUACAAUCGAGAAACAGACCUUUACGCAGACACGGUUGAUCGUCCUCGUACAGUUCCCAAUCGGCUUUUUCAAAAGUUUUUAGCUGCAGCAAACGAAGAAGAUCUCGAUGACAUAUUAAUUCUACAAACAAGACUAUACAAGUGUGCUCAUAGUUUUCUUGGAAGAAGUGGUUUUGCGGGUAGCCUACCGGGCUCUAAUUUACUGGGCUCUUUACCACACAUUACAUCACGCGUAUACACGAAUGCCGCCACCAGCGAACAAUGCAAAUGUAAUCAAUCUAUUACAAGGCCUACAAAAGCUCCAUGCAUCUAAUGGUAUAAUGUGUGAAUGUUUGUUAUAGCCACAUUUGUUCGUUAAAGCACUAAGUACGGCCUGCUCUAGGACUUCCCAAGUACAAGUGGACAAUCAUCCACACACACACAUAUAUAUAUAUAAUCUUAACGUUUCCCACGUAAACAUUAGCACAGAAAACGGUCACAAAAUUAAUAUUUUGGGUACGCUUUAAAAGCGCUUUACUAUUCGCUUAUUUAUGAAGGUAAAAAAAGAGAAAGAAAAUUCGUUGUACGAGACUUCUAACGAAAUAAUAUUUUGAACCUUCUUAAAGAAGUUUUAUUAGUCUAUACAGUCAAGUUCAUAUUCUUACAUUACGAUUUUAUCUUUAAAACUAGUCUUCAGUAUCAAAGAUUCAUCGAAGCUAGAUAGAAAAUAUUCAAAAGUAAUAAUAAUAAUAAAACAAAAAAAAGAAAAAGUAACUUGUGACUUAGUUUUUCGCGAGUUUUAUCGUGCAAAACGAGCGGCCAAUUAAAAUUGAAUCGUCGUUAGAGUAAAUCAGACACCUUGAAACGAUCAAAUAAAUCAAUUAUUAGAUUUUAAUAGAGAAGCAUUAUCGGCCUACAUAACAGGCGAUUAAUAUUUACUUCUUAAAAAAGAAUUUGUCGAGUUUACAGAUUUUGAAAAAAAAAAUGUUCUACAACUUUAAACAAAUAAUAGAACCCAAUUAAUCAUAUUUUUUCAUUACAUAUCAAUUUCGUUACCAUAAAUUUAAGAAGUACUUUAGCAUGUAAUUAUCAUUUUUUUUUUACUAUUUUACUGAAAAUGUUCCUAUUUAAGUUAUAUUUUCAUUCGUUUAAAACAAAUAUCGUUACUUGUAUAAAAUUACGUCAAACUGCCUUUUUCACGUCUAGUCAAAUUAAAGGCAGAUAAUUAGCACGUUUACUUUCUUUUUUUUACAAUCAUUUUGUUAUUCGUUAUAAUUUUAUUUAACAACGCUACGCCUGAGGGUUUGAAUUCGUCCAUGCAAAAUAUAGUAGAUAGAAUUAAUAUAUAGAAGUUACAAAUUUGCACAGGUACAACGAAUUGAAUUUUUGCGAAUAAAUUAGUAUUUAAAUUAGGGAACUUCUGCGAAAACGAUUUUUCGAAGUGCAAUAAGAAAUGAAAAUGGUUAAUGAAUUCAAGCUAGAUAAGAUACAAUAUGUACUUUGCAUUAGUAGUAACGACACAUCUGCUCGCACAAUAAUUUUUAAUUGUGACUUAGUAAUACUCCUAAUGACAUUAAGUUGGGUUUAAAUAACGCACGUCACGAUUUUUCAUGAUGUGGUUAUCGAUAAAAAAAUGGGAAAUGUUUGUCGACAUGGUUUGGCAGGUACCAAUCCAUUAGAUAAAACUUGUAUAGACCUUAUCCAUCCAUAUAAUGCCGUCAGUAUUUAAUACAAGAUUUUUGCAGCUUAUUCUUCCAAAGAGUAUAUUUCAGUCGCAUUUUACAAGCUUUUUACUAACUGCACACCACGAAAGAGAAAUAUUGUAUUUUUCCAUUUGCGUUGCACGAAACAGUGGAAUUAUCAGUAGACACGAAUUCAACUCAUUUGCUGUGAUAUAAACGCGUAUGCCGACACAGACAUAAGUUCAGUGUAGCAUUUUAACCCGUCAUUAUUCGGUAUAUUACUACAUUAUCGCAGUGAGUCGAUCUCACAAGAAACGAAGACGAUCUUAAUAUUAUUGAAACAAUCACAAUGAAAAGUCUAGUACGUUCAAUAUUGUUAUGUGAUUGUAUUCACAGCGUGACAUGUUUUAAUUCAUUCAACGAACAUUGCCAAUUUCUGUUUACAAAUUAGACGUAUUUAUAUAAACACUUGUAAAACGAGUAGCCUUAAAAAUAUGGUACUAAUUAUGCAUAGAUCAUGUUCACUUUGUAUCUUGAUAAUUAUCAUGUAUCUGCUAUAAUUAUUUUCUCUUUUUUACAUUAAUUGUUUUAUUUCAUAAUUUUAUGUUUUUAUGCUUCAUUUUUUAAUCGUUCAUGAAGUAUUAUUUUAUGUAUAUAUUUUCCAUAAUUAUUCAAGAAGUUAAUAUAUUUUAUGUGAAUAGUAAAUAUUAUUUUAGUUCAUAGAGUAUUAUUUUUGUAUGUACACUUCACGAAUGUUAUAUUUCAUUGUGCGACUGUAUGCCUGUACCUUACAUUGUAAAACACAGAAUAAUUUUUUUAAAGGUGUUACUAGCAUAUUAGUUUCAGUGUUCGUCAAUUGAAUUCAGUGUAAAUGUACAAGAUGCUUGAUGCUUAAAUUAAGAUUAUCACAGAUUAAGUGGUACAUACUGCCAUUAUUUUGUAAACAUAUUUUUUCUUUACUAUUGUAAUGUAUUAUUUAUAUUCUGAGCAAGUUUUGUUUCAAUAGAUACAUUAUAUAUGCGAAAAGGUGCACAAAAAUUUACUUAUCGUUAUUAUUAGCUAUCAGAAUAUAAUUAUACAGUGUUCAUAAUUGUUUAGACGUUUCUUGAAGGCAUACAAUCUUAUGAGGUUUCCUAAUAUAUUACAAACAUUAAACUAACGAUAUUGUUAUUCAACUUAAAUGUUUUCAACAAAGUACUUUCUGUACUCAUGUAUUUUGUAAUGUCAGCUAGCUAUGCAGUACAUUUUACAGACAAGCUAUAGAUAUUAAUUUGCGCUUAAGAUAUAUCUGAUAAAAUAUCUUUUUCCCAAUUAUUGGUCAUUAAAGUUUCUUUUUUAUCUUUAUGCAGUAAGUUUUCAAUUAGUUUGAAUGUAUCAGCUGAUAACAAUUACGGCAAACAUUAAAUUAAAGCAAUAGGAAAAUUGUAUAAGACCGUGAAAUUAGCAAAUGUACAUAAAAGAAAAAAAAAAUUGUUAAUACAUACCUCUGUGUUGCGUAUGCAACACUCCCUUCCUACCUGUGAUUUGUAAAAUUUACUAGUCAGCUUACUGCAUUUACUAUAAAUAAAAUAUUGUAAGAAAUAACUGCUAUGUACAACUAUUUUAUUAUAAUCAUCGAAGUUGUUAUACGGCUGAGUAUUGCACGGUCUUCUUAAAUUUUAAACGUUUAAAUAAUAUUGGAAGAUGUCGACGGUAUGUACUUACGUGCAUACGUAUUUUCGCAUUAUAAAAUUCUCUUCAAUUCAAAAUAUCUGAAAUAAAACAUAAACGAA